UUUCAUCUCGAGAUGGUAUUUCUUGAAAUGAAUUGGUUUGACGUGUGUGCGGGCGGAGAAUGGUUGCGGAAAGAUUUUUUUGAUUCGAUGGCUUAGAGGGGCCUGGAAUGGAGAAGGAGGAAGAUUCAAAAGAGCGGGACCGGUUGAAGCCCGAAGCGCCAACACAAAAGAGCGGGACCGGUUGAAGCCCGAAGCGCCACUAAUACAAAAGAGCGGGACCGGAUGAAGCCCGAAGCGCCACCAAUACAAAAGAGCGGGACCGGUUGAAGCCCGAAGCGCCACCAAUACAAAUAUCGGUACCGGAUGAAGCCCGGAGAAAGAGAGAGGAAACUGACAGUACAGCCACAGACGGUACAGAUGAAGCAUGAACAAGUUUAAAGACACAGAUGUAAAGAUGAAUCAUCUGAGAGUUGUCAUUGAAAUUGACAAAAUACUUUUCGCACGGAUGAGAUGAAUUGGUUGUUAUGAAAUUUGUUUGUUCCGUUCAAUUACAGAUGGAUACCAGCAGUAAGCUGCGUUGCUCGCUAGCACCGUUCGACGCAACGGUUGAUUCACAAGAUUUACGACGGGAAUGGGAGGAGUGGCUACGAGCCUUCGAGCUGGAGAUGGAGAUGCAGAACGUGUUUACGCAGCACGAAAAGUUCGUGAGGUUGCUCUCAUUCGGAGGGCGAGGUUUGCAACGUAUCUUUUACAACCUGAAGCCGGUACCGGAGGAGAUAAUCCCGGAAGUCGUUCCGGUUCCAAUGAGGCCACCAGAAGAUCCUGAGUACGACAAUGCCAUUAAGAGAUUGGACAAAUUUUUCGUCGGCAAGGUGAACGACCGGGUGGAGCUCGAAAUUUUCCGCUCGCUGAGGCAGAAGCCAGACGAGUCCUUCAAACACUAUUUGCUGCGACUACGCACGCAAGCCGCUCGAUGUGAGUUCAAUGAACGAGAGGACAAAGAAAUUCUACAGCAAAUCUCAAUGGCAGCCAAGGACGAGAAAGUGCGAGACAAAGGAUUGGAGAACAUCAUGGACCUGGACGCACUGACGAAUUACGCGAACAAUCGUGAGAUUCUUAUCCAGCAAAAGGAGAAAACAAAGCCAUUUGUGGCAGAGGAGGUGCUCGCUACGUCAAAACAUCGUGCAAGUGGCUGGUCUGCUGGACCCAGUCGCUCUCGUGGUGAUUCAAAGCCAAGAGGACGGUUUGGAACGAGUCGACCUCGCGUUGUGUGCACCCGGUGCGGUUCCUGGAACCACGACAGCAACUCGAACAGCUGCACAGCACGUGGUUUGCGUUGUCGGCAGUGCGGGAAAAUCGGGCACUACGCUCGAAAGUGUCCCGGUCGUGGACAGAACGAAUGGAGGCGUCCGGAAAACGAUGCCAAUGCUUUGGACGAGGCAGAAGCUUGGAAGGAGGAGGUCCCGCGGCGCCCGAAACCCGAGGAUAUCUCUAAGGUCGAUGAUUCUGGCAGCAACGGAAGUGAUGGGCACAUCUUCUGCAUGAUCGAUUCCUAUCCAGUGGAAUUUCUAAUCGAUUCCGGUUCGUCAAUCAACACGAUCACAGAGGCUGUUUGGGAUAAACUGACUGAAGCCAAGGUUAAGCUGUACAAUGAGAGGUCACACUGUAGCCGGAGCUUCACGGCAUACGCAAGCCGGGACUCGUUGUGCGUGCUGACAAUGUUCGAAGCUCACGUGUCAGUCAACCCAUGGAAGCCACACACUUAUGCAGAGUUUUUCGUCAUUAAGGGAGCCACGAAAUGCCUUCUGAGUAAACGAACAUCCGAGGAACUCCAUGUGCUCAAGGUUGGAAUCAGUGUUGAUAACAUUACCGCGAAGGUUGAACCGUUUCCGAAGUUCCCUAACGUUCAAGUCAAGUUGUCCAUUGACAAAAGCGUUCCUCCCAGACUGAUCUCGUACCUCCGUGUGCCGGUGGCUAUGGAAGAGAAGGUGGACGCCAAGAUCAUGGAAAUGCUGCAAACCGACAUUAUCGAAAAAGUUGAAGGCCCGCCUGUAUGGAUCUCCCCGAUGGUAGUUAUUCCCAAGGGCUCGGGGGACGUACGAAUCUGCAUAAACAUGAAAUAUCCCAACGAGGCGAUAAAGCGUGAACACUAUCCGCUUCCGGUCAUCGAUACGUUCCUGAAUAAACUACGAGGCGCGGUGUACUUCUCAAGAUUGGACAUUACUUCUGCGUUCUACCACGUUGAAUUACACCCUGAAUCCAGAGCAAUAACAACGUUCAUGACUGCGAGAGGUUUGAUGCGGUUCAAAAGGUUAAUGUUCGGGAUAACGUGCGCGCCAGAAAUCUAUCAACGCAUCAUGACCGAGAUGUUAGCUGGAAUAGAAGGAGUGAUAAUCUAUAUUGACGAUAUAGUGGUGGCGGGAAGAACCCUUCAGGAGCACGACGAGCGUUUGCGGGAAGUCCUCGCAGUGCUGGAACGCAACAACACGAUGCUGAAUCGGGGCAAGUGCAUCAUUCGGGUGCAGGAACUCGAAAUUCUCGGUUUCAAAGUGAGUGCCCAUGGCAUCAGCCCGUCGGCGGAGAAGGUUCAGGCUAUAAAAAACUUCCGGAAACCAGAAACGAAGGAAGAAGUCCGUAGUUUUCUGGGGCUAAUGAACUUUGUUGGCCAUUUUAUCCCACAUCUUUCAACAAGAUCCGAGCCGUUAAGGAAGUAUCUCCGAGGAGAAAUCGCCACUUUCGGAUUGGAACAAGCACAGGCCUUCGACGACUUGCGUAACGAACUGUCUAACCAUGUUCGCAAGCUUGGAUUUUUCGACCCCAGGGAAACGACCGAGCUCUACGUUGAUGCUUCGCCUGUGGGACUGGGAGCAGUGCUCGUCCAGCGGGACUCCAACAACACCCCCAGAAUCGUCAGUUUUGCUUCCAAGGGCUUGACGGUGUCUGAACGAGUCUACCCGCAAACACAACGAGAAGCAUUGGCUGUAGUUUGGGCAGUGGAGAAAUUUUUCUUCUACUUGUUUGGGCUACACUUCACGUUGUAUACUGAUCACAAGACGCUAGAGUACAUCUAUGGUGGUAAACAUCAGAUAGGAAAACGCGCGUGCUCGAGGGCUGAAGGAUGGGCUCUACGGUUGCAGCCGUACGAUUUUGGGGUAGAGUAUUUACCGGGGACCGACAACAUCUCAGAUCCACUCUCGCGACUUGUGAAUCAAGAAGAUCCAGCAUUCGACGACAACGCUGAGCAUUAUCUGUUGGCAGUGGGUGAAGGUCCAGCAGCCAUAACGUUCAAUGAAAUCAGACGGGAAACAUCCAACGACGACAACUUGUCCGCAGUCAUGAAGGCACUCGAAACUGGUGAAUGGCCGCCGGAGCUCUUCCGUUAUCAAGCUUUCGACAAGGAACUCGGAGUUGUCGAUGGGAUGUUGAUCCGUGGCGAGAGGAUUAUACUUCCAGUAAAGCUGAGAGCCAGAGCCCUGGAGAUCGCCCAUCGAGGUCAUCCUGGAGUCGUGUCUAUGCGUAGAAAUCUGCGGGAAAGAGUUUGGUGGCCCUGCAUGGAUCGAGACGUGAAGGAUAAUAUCCAGCAAUGUCGUGGUUGUGCUGUUGUUAGUAAACAAAAUCCUCCAGAACCAAUGCAGCGUAAGCAGAUGCCGGAACGGGCCUGGCAGGAAAUUGCCGUAGAUUUUUUUACGGCUAAAGAGUGCGCUACUUUUCUCGUCGUUAUCGACUAUUACAGUCGGUUUCUCAAAGUCAUCGAAAUGAAGACUACAACGGCUGCCAAGACCAUCGAAGCUCUGGAAAGUGUGUUCGGCGAGCAAACCUAUCCUGAAGUAAUCCGCAGCGAUAACGGCCCCCCUUUCGCCAGUGAGGAAUUCCGCAACUACUGCCUGAGCAAGAAUGUACGCUUGAACCACACUAUUCCUUAUUGGCCGCAGAUGAACGGUUUGGUGGAGAGGUCAAAUCAAGGGAUUCUUCGAACGCUACGAAUCGCUAAGGCAUCGGGGACUGAUUGGAGGACAGCGCUUCAGGAAUUUGUGCACGUGUACAACAGAACACCACACAGCGUCACUGAGAAGGCCCCGCUCGAGCUGCUUUUGGGUCGUCCCGUCAAAGACCUACUCCCGUCCCUCAGAACCGAACCAGGAUCAUACCGCGAUGAAGGCGUACGUGACAUGGAUGCUAUGAAGAAAGCGAAAGGAAAGCUGUAUGCGGACAAACAGCGCCACGCAAAGCCGUCGGACAUCAAGGUUGGCGAUUCAGUUAUGGUCAAGAACUAUGACAGCGGCAAGCUUGAGCCAAAUUUCCGUUCUGAACGAUUCACAGUCAUUAAGCGAAGUGAGAACGACGUGGUGAUAGAAAGCGAGAAUGGAGUUAGAUAUCGUCGGUGCGUAACCCACCUGAGGAAGUGGCCUUUGGAAACCUCGUCUGAUAAUCCGAAUCCGGAAGCUGAACCAACCGAGGGCGACAAGAAGUCUGAAUCAACCGAUAUAGAGGAGCAAACAGUCAAGCGACCCAAACAUUCGUGUGAUGAUCAUGUAAAAGGUACUGUGCUGGCACGUGACCGUCCCACCAGGGCGAAGAAAUUGCCCGCACGCUACAAUUCUUAGCAAACUUCGCUGUUUCAACCGUUCUGAGUAUUUUUUUCUUUUUUUCUCUCUUAAAUUUGAAUGAAAUAAACAUUGUUUUUACAUUGAAUGGUUUUUUUAUUUUAUUUUUAGUUUUUUUUUCUGGACUAGGAGAGAGAUGUAGGGUUAUGCAUUUAUAGGUACAUUAUUACUUAAAAUGGGUAAACACAGUUAACAGUGUAGUCAGGGAGAUUUGACAGCUCGGGCGCGAGGGAGACAGUUGAAAAUCUACCACCGCAGCGUGAAGACGCGUGAUUGAAGGACGGGGACGGUUGACGAGGUGGACCAGGUAACGGCGAGGCUUGAGGAGCUC